CUCGUCUCCGCUUGCUUUGCCUUCUGAGGUGUUCAGAUGUUCGACGACACCAGAGUCUCGCCAAGACCAGCAGUCGGGGGACUCGGUACGUACCCCGAUGGUCCAGCCCACGACAGGACGCGUUAUGGCAUCCCGCACGUAAUUACUAGGCGAGGCUGUAGUGUAGACUCUGGAGAUCGUUGCUGCUGUGCCUGGUUUGUCUGGCUCCGUCACCCGCGUGUCGUGUGAAUCGACAGUUUUCUUUGGCACUCGAUCCAGAAUAGCGGCUUCGUCUGCGUAGUUCUCAGGCUGCUUGCCGUCGCAGAGUCAGUUACCAGCUUACGUAGCGAGCUUGUCCUCAAGGAGCGUUUGACUGUCAGAGCGGAAUAGGAUGGAACCGCUCUUAGAAUAAACCCAAGCGAUAUAAUAAAAGCGUUGGAAGCGGAAGACCGUGCGUGGUGCGCAACCUAGCGCUUCUUGACGAAGUGAUUAAGGAGCAGAUUUGCGUGCAGGGAGCGUGAUGGAAGCUUUUCAGAAGCUGCAGGGUAUAUUUGACCGCCGCCGUCCUAUCAGUGGAGCGUCGCUCGAUCGCCGGCGACGACGGAGCCUGCGACGGACGGCGAUCGACAACCGUCGCAACGAUCGCCGCGAUCUACGUGCCGACGCUCCUGAUUCCGCUACUGUCGCCGCCGCCAUCCCGUUAGAUGCCUCCAUCCAGAGGCCUUCUAGCACCAGAGAUAUUUUUUAUCAAGCCAGAAUCUACUCGACAUCCGAUAAAGCCUUUUCGCGGCACGAGUUAUUUCUGACACCCGAUUCCUGCAAUCGAGCCACGCCUCCCCCCGUUAACAGCACAGGCGCUACUAACCUAGAGAUGCUAUCUAGAGUCACCUUGGGAUCGCCGCGUAGGAAAGGGGAGCGCCGGGAGCGCGCCUCGGGGUCAGACCAACCCCCCCUUGAGCGACCGCAAUCGGCGCCGGCUUCCCCGGAGAGGGGUCGCAGCGCCACGUGCGGUCUGGUCAACCAUCGUGCAAAGGAGCGCCAGUCACAGCAGCAGCAGAAGCAGCAGAAGCAGCAGCAGCAGCAGCCGUGCCUCCACCGGCCGCCCUCUCCGCUUUUCGGACGUCGAUCGUGCUCCCCGCGCUUUCCGCCAAGCUGCAAAAUCGGAAGCCCGCGCUACCGGCGGUACCUGUGCGGCGUGCCGUGCGUCGAUGACGUGGAGUGGGACCGGGAUGAUCUGUUCCAGGACGCCGAUGACAGGGAUGAAGACGGCGAGGAUUUGCGAAAUCAGAUGUGUAACACAGACGGCGGCGAAGAGCGAAUUCUUUUCUCGGAAGUGACGGGCCGAGCGUUGGGAGCCGAGAAUAGUCUAGAAGAGGGGAAAGCGGCCGAAGGAGACCGAAACGCAUUAAUAGGAGGGGAAAACUCUAUAGCGGAGCAGGAAAGAGAGACGGGCCCAGCUACAAGGACGCAGACGGAGAUUUUACAGAGAAACGAGGAUUCUUAUAGCGGAGCGUCGGGGGGUCCUGAAGCAGGACGAAACUGCGCAAUCGCCGUCCCUGGAGAGCCUUAUCGUGUAGCGCGGCGGAGGGCGCGGAGACCGCGGAGUCUUCCGCCGACCACCAGAGGUCUUCUUGCGGAGGAGGAGGGGGAGUCGGCGCAAUCAGCACAGGCGGCGGAAGAUGCUAUCGCGGCGGGGAAACUGGUGCGGAGGGCGGAAAGCAGCGGUGCAACAGCAAGCGCGGAAAGUCCGCGCUCUCCGCGGACUCUGACGCGGAGCCAGAGCCCGUGCGGGCGGAGGAAAGGAGGUGGGAAGGCUGGCGGCGGCCGUGCGACGAUCUUCGGCGACGAAAACGACUCCUCUGCGACGUCGGCGGGAAGAAGCUGGUGCACGGCGGAUAACGCCCUGCUGGGGGUCGCCGCGUGCGACACGGACGGCGAGGAUCCGUCGUGGCGAAAUCAUCGUGACGUCGGGAGGGCGUCGUGGGAAUCCGGUGCGGGUCGUUCGCUAGUGGACGUGGAGCGGCGCCAAUCGCGGAGAACGGACGGCGGCGGACGGCCGCGUCGCGAUGACGCGGCGGAAGCCGGCAGGGCAGCAGCGCAAGACAGCGACAGAUCCGCGCAGGCGGCAGCAUUCUCGGAGAGGCGGCAGGCGGCUGCAGCUCCUUUAGAGGCGGAAACGGCGCGCGAAGAGGGGGCGGCGAGGGCGGGGGAGGGCGCACCUGCGGCAGCAAGAGAUGCAGCGGAGGGGAAGGCGGGAGACGCUGGUACCGCGGAUGCGAGAGGGGGGAUGGAUCGGGACGAGGGGGGGGGAAGCGGUGGAAGGGGGCGCGAUGAGGAGACCACUGGCAGGGAAAUCAGACAGGGGAUCGGCACAGGGGGGAAGAGGAUAGGCGCAAGGGGGAAGAGGAUAGGCGCAGGGGGGCAUGCGGAAGACAUGGCGGACGGAACAGCAGCAAGGGAGGCGCGAGAUAGAGUCACAACUAGCAACAGCAGCAGCAGCAGCAGCUUAGGUGAGGGUAUUGGCGACGAGGGGGAGAAGAAGGGGAGGGGGAGGAGGGGGAAGAGGGGGAAGAGUCGCGGAAGAGAAGGGGCAAGCCGUGGGCGCAGGGGCAAAGAGGACGACGAAGACGGGUGCUGCGGUGGUAGUGGCGAAGGGGAGGCAGGAGGGGAGGGGGGAGGGGAGGGGGGAGGGGAGGAGGAGGGCGGGUUGGUGAAGAGUGGGAGCAGCGGCCAGUGGCACCGGCAGUGGUGGGUACCGCGUGAUGCUCUCACCAGCGACAGCAGCGGCGGCAGCGGCAGCAGUGGCACUAGCAGUGGCACUAGUAGUGAUGGCGACGGUGGCACCAGCACUGGCAGCACCCGAAUGUGCAAUGGCGGCAGUAAUGGAAUCAGCGGCAGCAGCACCAGGAAGGAAGGAUCGGAAGUUGAGACGGGAAAGGGAGAGCCGGAUGCAACGGCGGAUGGGAAGGGUCAAGAUGGCUUCGGUCGAGCAGAGAGGCGAGAGGCCGUUUCUUCUUCCUCUUCCACUGCCGCAGCUACCCUUCCGUGCCUCCUGCCUGACACCCUGUCCGUAUGUCGUGUGCAGUCCCAGCAACAGGCAGAGCAACAGGGAGAGCAACAGGGAGAGCAACAGGGAGAGCAACAGGGAGAGCAACAGGCAGAGCAACAGGGAGAGCAACAGGCAGAGCAACAGGGAGAGCACGGCACAUUCUUGUCGCAAAUGGAUGGCAACACUGUGGAGAAAACUGGUGAUGCUGCUGGUGGCGCUGACAACGGCAAUGGUAGGGAUGCUGCUGCUGCUGACGAUAACGGCAAUGGUAAUUCUGCUGCUGCUGCUGCCACUUAUGAUCAACAGCUGGAAGCUCCACCAUACGCCGCUGUGGAGCACUACUUCCCAUGUGACGGGUUCUUCCAACCCAGGUUCGACGAAGCUUCAUCCAACAACUCGUCCUGCUCGCCAGAACUCCUGCUCUCCUUCACCCCCCCCGACCCCUCGCCGCACUCCCUCGCCUCCUCUCUCCUCCACCCAUCUUCUUUCCUCCUGGAUUGCACACAUCCCCUCUGCGCUCCUCCCCCCUUCCUCGCCCUCUCGACGGGGGAAAGGGAGAAUGGGACUGCUGCUGGUGGGGCAGAAGGACAGAUAGAGGGGGAGGUGGUGGGGGAGAGAGAGGGUAAGGUCAUGGGGAGACUGGGUGUGAUAGAGGAGGUAAGUGAAGGUGGUGAGGUGGCCGCUGCAUCUGCUGCUGAUAGUGACGCUGAUUCGUUUCUGAGUGACUCGUUUCACCGAGGAGUGAGGCUGGAGGAUGUCAUACGGCAGUGGGACAUGGGCAUGGGCAUGGGUGCAGUCAAACCUGUGACUUUACAUACUGCUUCCUACUUGGGAACCACCAGUGGGGUGGCAGCAAAAACGCCUGCAACAGGCUCAAGUGAGGGCAAGAGCGACCCUGCAUCCUCCCCCCUGCUCCCUCCCUCUCAGUCUCCUGUCCGCCUCCCCACCACCACCAGCACCACCGCCAAUGCCGCCACCACCACCAGCACCACCAGCACCACCAGCACCACUGUUAUUGCCACUAUCACCAGCACUACCAGUGCCCCUCGCCGCCGCCUGGCCUCCACUGUGAUCCGCGGAGCCAAUCUCCGCCACCCUCUCUCCCAGCUCCCCCACGCCUCCUCCCCUGCUGGCCUUGACUCCUCCCUCUCCCCCGCUGCCACGCCCCCCCGCCCCAUCCUCGGCCGAUCCGCCUCACUGGGUUCGGCGGGAGGAGGAACCUUGGCAGGAGGUUCGGCGCAGGAGGGCGUGAGAGGAGGGGUCAGCAAUGGGGAUGCUGUUGCUGUUGCUGUGGCUACUGCUGCUGCUGGUGCUGCUGCUGCUGCUGCAGGGGUUAGAGAGAACACUUGUGACAUGGUGAGUGGGACAGUGUCAGGAGAGGCAGUCUGGAAUGCUGGCAGUAACAGCACAUGCAGCAGUAACAGCAGCAGCAUUGGUGGGAGCAGUGUGAGCAAUGGCGGUGGUACAGGCAGCCAGCUCAGCACCAGAAGCAUCGGCGGCGGCAGCAGCAUCGCAGAGGGGUUUCGCGACUGCAGGAGCAGUGGGCUGAUUCGGGUGCUGUUGGCACAGAGUGCCACUGGGAAAGGUGGGGAAAGCGCACGUCAGGUGGAACAAAGCGGCGGUGUGCUACAGAAUGUGGCGCAGCAACCGCAGCAGCAGCAGGAGCGGGAGGAGCGGGAGGAGCAGGAGGAUGGUCUGCAAGCAACGCCAGAGGAAGUGAAAAGUGUGCAGCCCAAUGUCACGAACAUGCAGAAGAAGACACAAGCAAAGAAAAAAAUGAAAUCUGGGGAUGGGGAGCAAGGAAAAGGGGGAGAAAUGAUAAGUGGAAGGAGGAAGAAGGAUCUGAGGCGCUGUUUGGGAGUGAAGAGGAGGGGUACGAGGGUGGUGGUAGGGCCCAGGAGGCUGGAGGUGCUCAAGAAAUGGCUGCUGGAGGUGAUUGCAGAGGCACGGGGGGGGAAUGCGGUGGCGUUGGGAGGAGCUACGGGAUUUUAGUGUAUGGCUGCUAGACGUUCAUAUGCCUGCUUGAUUGGCGAAUCAAGCUGCCUCCCAUGCAGUCCUCCGACUGCCGAUUUGAUUCUAACCCACUCAAAUAACAAUGUUUUUCCUAACUUAUUUAUGGGUUUCUUCACCUUUAUU